AUGACAAAUACUAAGAAACAGACCGAGCUUUUCCCAGAUAGCUUCAAUCUUAACAUUUCAUCAAACUACGAAGAGAAAUCGUCAAACAAUGAGAGCAAGAUUAGCGAAUCUACGGAAUCAAGUGCGAACACAAGAGUUAUUAAGAGCAUUCUUCAAGAAGAAUGCGAUGUUUCGAUUUUGGCUUUUAAACGAAAACUCAGAGAGAAUCGGUUUUACAUGACGCAAAAAUCUGAUGAGAUUUUGGCGCGAAACAAGCACAGCAAGGAUAACCAUAAUGACUUGAGCGAUUUUGAGCUAUACAAUCUCAAAGUGCAGCGCGAAGAUGAAUUCCGUGAAAAGCUCAAAAAAAUCUUAGAAGAGCCCUCAGAUCAGGCUCUUAAAGUUUUGGAACUCGGCGCUUUAGGCACUGAAUAUACCGCUGGGGAUGAGAAUAUCACUACAAAUCGAAAGUCGUGGGUAGGGCCAAAGAAUUUACAGAGUCUGCUUAGUAAAGUACGAGGACAAAAGUUUCAAAAUGUCCUUGCCGAAGAAUUAGGACCCUCACCGAACGCGGAGUACUCAGAAGCCGAUUCGGCCGAAAAUCAUACUCAAAUUAUUGACUUGGAAAAUGGAAAUUGGAUCAUAGAAGCAGGCGCAGAUAUACUGAGAAGAAGUAUCGAUCGAGUUUUAGAAGGGCAAGAUUUAUCGCCCAGUGAAUUGGAAUCCAAAGGCCAGGACGGCAAAAACAUCAAAUGGCAUGAUUUGAGAAGAAUUAGCGAGUUUUUGUGCAGAGAUCAAGACAGAAAGGACAGGAUUUUCGUUCAAAGAAAGUUGAAGGUACGACAUUUGCAAAUGAUCGCCACCGGAGCCACGUUAGGAGUCGGGCUUUUUCUCAAUUCGGGGAAGGCACUGUCAAUUAGUGGCCCCUUAGGAUCUUUAAUAGGUUUUUGCAUAUGCGGAAGCAUAGUGCUGGCCACUAUGCUUUCUUUCACCGAAAUCUCAACCUUACUACCCCUUUCAUCGGGAUUUUCAGGGCUAGCAUCUCGAUUUGUCGAGGACGCGUUCGGGUUUGCUCUUGGAUGGUCUUAUUGGUUUUCUUUCAUACUUGCUUUACCCAGCCAGAUAGUAGCCAGCGUCUACAUGCUUAGCUAUUUCGAAAAUCUCACCAUGAGCCGUCAAGUUACGGCAGGGUUUGUCACUUUGUUUCUGGCAAUUGCAAUUCUGUCUAAUCUUAUCGACGUGCGUAUCUUUGCCGAAAUAUCCUAUGCUUGCACUUUUUGCAAAGUGGUCAUAACAGGAGUUAUGAUUCUUGUAAUGAUAAUUUUGAAUGUUGGUGUCGGUAGGACACAACAUGCCCCGAUUGGAUUUAGAUUCUGGGAUUCCUCAAAAUCACCAGAAGGGUUGACAUACGGCGCUUUCAGACCUACUUUCGAUCUCCGAGAUAUGGGAACGGGCAGUCUUGACGGCAUAGAAGGACCUAAAGGUCGAUUUUUGGCUGUCAUUGUGGUCGUACUCAUUUCCUCUUUCUCCUUCAGCGGCGUGGAACUUGCGUUUGUGGCUAGCGUAGAAGCCAUAAAUCCUCGCAAAACCCUUCCUUCGGCUACCAAAAGAACAUUUAUAACCAUCGUUUUCCUUUACAUUUCAUCUAUUCUCAUGAUUGGUAUGAAUGUUUAUAGUGGAGAUGGUCGUCUUCUCAGGUAUUACACAACUGCCAGCGCUGAUCGGGCAUCAGGGAUUGUAUUAGAGUCACUGAACACAAGUUGGCAAAUCGAUGGUGCUUGUGGUGGCGGCCGAGUUGUCAGCACCAAUGACUUCACGAAUGGCAAUCAAAGCCCCUGGGUACUUGCUUUGCAAAGUUUUGGCCUCUGCACUUUUUCAUCAGUUUUUAAUGGUAUUCUCGUAUUUUUCGGCGUUAGCGCCGGAUUAUCUUCACUUUACGCAUCGAGUCGUACGCUUUACUCCAUGUCAAUACAAGAAAAGGCGCCAAAGGUUUUUCAACGUUGUACUCAUCAAGGUGUUCCAGUUCUAGCUGUUCUUUUUAGCGGAGCUUUUGGAACAUUGGCCUAUUUGGCGGUUGACAAAACAGCACUCACGGCUUUUCAAGCUUUGGCUAACAUAUCAAGUGCUACAAUUUCAAUUAUUUGGAUCGGAUUGAACACUUCAUUUUUACGCUUUUUCUACGCCUUACGAAGGAGACCCACUAUCAUUUCAAGAGAUGAUUCCACCUAUCCCUACAAAUCGCCAUUUCAACCCUUUUUGGCAUGUUAUGGGUUAGUCGGGUCGUUGAUGAUUGUCAUUCUAAUGGGAUUUAUCAACUUUUUGAAUGGUUUUUGGAGCACGAAGAUGUUUUUCUCAUCCUAUGGAGGACUCAUGUUUUUCGGAUUAUGUUACAUCGGAUACAAGUUAUUCAGAACAUCAAAACUUCAAAAACUCGAACAAUUGGAUCUUGACAGUGGAAGGCGUGAGAUUGAUCGGACUAUUUGGAAGGAACACACCGAGUACUCAGGCUCUUUAAAAGAAAGAUUGUCAAAAUUCGUCACGUGGAUGUUCUAG